GCCGAUCAGCUGGGCACACUGUAUAUAAACAGUAGAGAGAGGAAACCUCAGACAGCUGCGACAGCACAUCAAUUCCUGACACCGUCUGAAGAACACCGAAGUUUCUGGCAUUUAUUUUCUAAACUGAUCUCAAGGCCACUUUCAUCAUGGAACUAAUCAUCAGUAUGCUGAAUGGGUCCUCCCACACCAUGAAUGUGCACCCGCAGGACACAGUGGGUUCUCUGAAAAUACUCAUCCAGCAGGACCUUGGGUUUCCACGUGAGACGCAGAGGCUGGUCUUUGUGAACGGCUCCAGCACACCUCUCAACAACGACUCUGCGACCCUCGAGUCCUAUGGUCUGCACUCCGGGGCCAUGGUGUCCCUACUGUUGGCCAAGAAGGCCGCCCCCAUUCAGGUUUUCCUUAAAAACGAGAAGGGGGUAAGCACCACGUAUGAUAUCAAACCGGAUGAGACGGUGAGCCACUUCAAGAGCAGGGUGCAGGCCAGAGAGGGGGUCCCGGUGAGCCAGCAGAGACUCCUCCACGAGAGCAGAGACAUGAAUGAGGGGAAACUCUCCGACUACAACGUCACAGCGAAUAGCACCAUCUUCCUGGUCCUGCGCCUGAGAGGAGGCUGAGGACACUUCAAGUUAAUGAAACUUCUGGACAUUCCUUUAUUUAAACUAAAAAUGAAGAUCACAUAUAUUUGUAUUUAUUUGAAUUCAUAUUGCAAUCAUUAAUACAUUCCUUGAUAAGUAACCAUUCCAAAAUGAUUGGUUUUAUCUUUACAAACAUGUUAUUAUCUUAUUUCAACCCGUUAAAUCUGAUGUCAAAUGUACACCUUAAAGAAUAAAAUAAAGAUCUUAAUCGAAA